AUGCACUGGAGGUCAACUGAACUGCUGAGUGGUCGGAUGGUGCGGUCCGCUGGAGCCUUGACCUACUGCGUUGAAGUGCACCAGGUUGGAAAUGUCGCGCUCACUCGAGAUAACUUUAAUUCUCUAAAACCUGCAUUGGCCAAACAACUACAAUCACAGGUGGAAGCACGUGUCCAUCCAGCACCGAUGCCCAGAUUGCGAGGAAACAAAAAAUCGUUCAACUGCAGCACCCUUUCGGUGCCUAGCUGCCAUGCCACACACGAAGGAGGCACGAGGGCUGGGAUACUGCCAGGUUGCCCAGGCCUAAACAGGGGAAGUCGAGAGGGAGAGGUCGGGUUCGAGCCACGGACCACGAGGAAACAAGUUGGCACUAUAGGACACCGUUGUCGGGAAGCAAUCGUGCACCUUUACUUUUCGCUUAGUCUUCUGUCUUCAAACCUAAAAUGCGCUGCACGUCAAACAACGAGGAUCGUGAAUGUGAUUCCAAGACGUGUGCUGGAUUUCGAGGACAGACUCGCCGUGUCGGCCAUCACCCACUUCCACACGAGAUUUCAUCCGGCGGAUACGGGAUUUCCAGAGCAAUGGAAAAUAGGACUGCAAGGCGUGAUUGACUCUCUGGGAGUAAACAAGGGUUUGGGAAUCAACUUCCAACUGCCUGUUUACGGAGAAUUUAGUAAGCGUUACGAAAUUUGUGCGUAUUUUGACAAUAUCGCAAGUAUGGUGGCUUGUUUUCGUAUAUUUCACUGGAGGAUUGCAGAUUUACAAUGGUUCCGCAUUUUACGAAACGCCAGCUCAUCUCCUGUGAUUACCUUUCCGAAGCAUAGCUGA